AUUUUUAGCACUCCGAUAGCAAACACCAGCAGCAGCUGCCCAGAUAGUUUGCUUGCACGAAGUCAUGUCUGACCUUUCCUUCUUUUUUGGUAGGUUAAACACGCUCCUUUCCUCUUUAUGGCCCUCCAACGUUUCUAGGAAUGCCGCAUAAUCAAUGGUUUUGAUUCCAUCUCGAGCGGAAGUAACUCCCGCUGCCAUGAUAUCUCAGAACGCCAAAGCAGCAGAGCCUGCUUUGCAAAUGGUGCGUCGGUACACUGACCAGAUGCAGCGAGAGAGCACUUGUGGCAAUUUACCACAAGCCCUGGCUACAAAAGUAGACUCAGAGAGACGAGAUGAAGCCAUUGGGAGAACCAUUCCUGAGGUUUCGGCCCUAGAGUCGUUGGAAAUCUACCAAGGCACGAGCUUAGGAGAAAUCACCUUGCACGAGACCAUUCUCUUGACAGGCAUAUCUCGGGAGCUAGAGACGCAGUGGCCCAAGGUCGUCAAAUCGUUACCGAAACAUGAGAGGGGUAACAUUCCCUCCCAACCGGAUAUUCGAAUGUUCGGUAGACUUUUCAGUCAAGCGCAGGAUAAACUCAAUGCGAAAUCGAGUACAAGGUCUGGCAAGAUCAAGUCUUGGUUUGUCGGAGUGGCGGAAACUAUCAAUAGCCACAAAUAUUUGCUCAAACUUCUACCUGAAGGAGACAAAUACACUUCGGUCUUGGUUGGCUCUUUCACAGUGCUGAUCCAGGUUGCGGUGACGUACAGUGACACUGCAGAAAAUGUAUCCGAAUGCCUAGAGCGCCUUUCAAGCCAAGUGUCGCUUCUCAGAAACGCUCUCGGGGCAAAUUCCCGUCGCCAGUAUAUUAGGUGGCAAGUCAGCAAGUUCUAUUGCCACUUGUUCCGAUUUCUCGUACUCAUUUUGACCGAGUGGCUUUCAUCCUCCUCAAAACGCUUCUUUAACAGUUUCGGAGACGGUCUCUUAAGUGCCUGCGAUACAGCAGUUAGGAAGAUGACGGCGUGCAAAGAUGAUAUCAUGCAUAGCAUUAUUCUCAUUCAGCAGAGUACAAUCGAGGACAUGAAUGCAAAGCUUGACCGACUCGGAAGUCUUGUUCAGGCCAGUUUGGUUGGCGCUGCUGUCGAUCGAUCCAGACCAUGCGACGCCCCAAGGAUUUCUUCACUAACCGAGGUGCCGCCAUUCAAGAGUUUACCACAAAGUCACGAUACUGACGCAAAAUGUGGAAAAAAAGAAGAUACCGUGCCUGAAAGUUCUGACCAGCGAUGCCAUUCUAGUGAUGGCAAGGGAAAAGUUGUUGAGCCGGAGGUCCUUGAAGAUGAACUCAGCGACGAGAACGAUCUAUGGACAUUGGAAACAAUGCAGGAGCUCCUAGAGCACUUGGAGACAUUCCAUCAGGUUGCCCAAAUUGCAUCUUUGACGUCCCCGCUGAAGCAAGUGUACGUGAGUGCAGAGAUGCGAGCUGAACUCGUGAAGAUGGUCUCUUCGAGGCGAUCAGCAGCUCUCUGGAUUGCAGGCCCGGACGACGACGAAUCGCCCUCGCACGCGACUUUGCUAGCAGCUCAAAUGGUUCACGAUUUCAGUCAGCUGAAUAUUCCCACCCUCUGUCACUUCAUCCAUCGACCUAAAAGCGCAUCUCUGGACCGCGAGCGAGCGCUCUUAGAGAUGGUGUACUCCCUAGUCUACCAGAUAUCACGGACUCUUCCUGAGCAUGCGCAUUUCGAGGCAGGUGUUGUCGAAAAGGUCAAAUUGCUGCCAGCUGUCCCACAGACUCGUUCCGAAGUGACCCGCAGCUUAGCUCCAGCGGUCAACUUACUCGAGUCCUUGUUGGAGAAUCUCCCUCCGCUGUUGUUCUGCGUCGUAGACGGGUUUCAGCUUCUUGUGAGACAGUCGAACUCUCCGGAGAUGAAAGCUGCCUCCAAGCAGUUCGUCACUUGUAUCUGCGAGGCAGCGACACGCCAGCUCACAGACCAGCCGUCGAUUUUCAAAUCGCUGUGGACCACGGAUGGGCCCUGCAGGGACUUACAGCAAGCUAGAAGGAGCCGAAUUUUGGCAUAUUUGGGAUACGAGGAUGAUGAGGAAUUUGAGUCAAUGGCUCUUCGCGGUAGAGAAAUGUCGCCGCUGACAGAGUAGUAACUUUUCCUUCCAGCCAAAUCUAGGUCCAACGGUUGGGAGGUGGUUUGACAUAUUUAUUUGAUCGAAUUU